CAGCCUAAAAUUCCACACAAACAUCAUGGCCUCGCUGUUUCUCGGAUCCGGGGAUUCUGGGUCUUGCAACAUUAAUUUAACCCACAAGACAUGAUUUGGCUUCUCCUUCUGUUCCUCCUCCCUAGGUUCAAACCCAUCUUGUUUUUCUCCUCAUCAUUGGAGUCUGUAGUUUAAUAACCAUUACCAUUACAAUUACAAGUUGUAAUGCCUGUAAAUCCAUGGCUUCCCUUCUCUUUAGCCCUUUUGAUUCUUUUCCCUUGUGCAGUUUCCGCCGUAAACCAGCAGGGUGAAGCUCUGCUUUUAUGGAAGAAAAGCUUGAAAGGGUCACCGGAGGGGUUGAACAAUUGGGAUGAGACGGAUAAAACUCCCUGCGGUUGGUACGGGGUGUCUUGUGAUUACAACAAUCAAGUUUCCGAGUUGGAGUUGAGGUAUGUUGAUUUGUUCGGAAUGGUUAUUUCCAAUUUCAGCUCCUUGAAUACAAUGAACAAGUUGGUUCUAGCCGGUACCAACCUCACCGGGGAAAUUCCGGUUAAGAUAGCCGGACUUACACAGUUGAGCUACUUGGACUUGAGUGAGAAUGCAUUGACCGGUGAGAUCCCGGUGGAGCUCUGUAGCUUGAGCAACCUUCAACAGCUUCAUCUCAAUUCGAAUCAGCUCAAGGGGUCAAUACCGGUCCAAAUUGGGAAUCUCACGAGCUUGAAAUGGUUAACUCUGUACGAUAAUCAGCUCUCCGGAAGAUUUCCGAGCAGUAUUGGGAGAUUGAAGAAUAUGGAAAUGAUUAGAGCCGGCGGUAACAAGGAUCUUGAAGGUCCGAUACCGGAAUCAAUCGGGAACUGCAGCAAUUUGGUGAUGUUGGGGUUGGCGGAAACGAGUGUUUCCGGGUUCCUACCAUCAAGCCUGGGUCUCCUCAAGAAGCUCCAGACAAUAGCAAUCUACACGACGCAUCUCUCCGGCCAAAUUCCGGCUGAACUUGGGGAUUGCACUGCGCUGGAGAAUAUAUACUUGUAUGAGAACUCGCUGGCGGGAUCGAUUCCAAGCAAGCUUGGGAAUCUGAGGAAUUUGAAGAACCUGUUGCUGUGGCAGAACAACCUGGUCGGAACGAUUCCGGUGGAGUUGGGGAGCUGCAGGAAUUUAAUGGUGGUCGAUGUGUCGAUGAAUUCGCUCAGCGGCAGCAUUCCUCAGACGUUUGGCAAUCUGACUUUCCUUCAGGAGCUUCAACUGAGCGUCAACCAAAUCUCCGGCGAAAUCCCAGCUCAACUCGGGAACUGCCUGAGCAUGACCCACAUCGAACUGGAUAACAACCAAAUCACGGGAGCAAUUCCUUCCGAAUUAGGCAACUUGGCGAAUCUCUCGAUGCUGUACCUAUGGCAGAACAAGCUGGAAGGUAGCAUACCGCCGUCGAUUUCUAAUUGCCGGAAUCUCGAAGCUGUCGACUUGUCUCAGAACGGCCUAACGGGACCCAUCCCAAAGGGAAUCUUCGACCUCAAAAAUCUGAACAAGCUCUUGCUUUUAUCCAACAAUCUAUCCGGCGAAAUACCACCGGAAAUCGGAAACUGCUCUUCUUUGAUUCGCUUUCGCGCCAGCAACAACAAGUUAACCGGGUCGAUUCCCCUGCAGACUGGGUACUUGCAAAAGUUGAAUUUCUUGGAUGUCGGGUCAAACCGGUUGACCGGAGCAGUUCCGGAAGAAAUCUCAGGCUGCCGGAAUCUGACAUUUCUUGAUUUGCAUUCGAAUUCCCUUGGCGGUAACUUACCGGAGAGUUUGAGUCAGCUUGUGACCCUUCAGUUUGUUGACUUCUCUGCUAAUUUGAUUGAAGGGGAGCUGAGUCCUAGCCUGGGUUCGUUGACUUCGUUGACCAAACUCGUUCUCGGAAACAACAGGUUCUCCGGUCAAAUCCCGAGUCAACUCGGGUCCUGCGCAAAGCUGCAGCUACUUGACUUGAGUGGAAACCAGCUUUCGGGGAAUAUUCCGGCAAGUGUAGGGAAAAUUCCUUCCCUUGAAAUUGCUCUCAAUUUGAGCUGGAACCAGCUUUCCGGGGAGAUCCCAGAGGAGUUCACGGCCUUAAGCAAGCUUGGGAGUUUAGAUAUAUCCCACAAUCAACUGACCGGAAAUCUCCAGAAUCUGGCGGGGCUGCAAAAUCUUGUCGUUCUGAACGUCUCGCAUAACAACUUCUCGGGUCGGGUGCCAGAAACGCCGUUCUUCGCGAAGCUUCCACUCAGCGUCCUCUCGGGGAAUCCCUCUCUGUGCUUCUCCGGUAACCAAUGCGCGGCUGAAGACGGCGGCAAAAGUAGCGGUGCCUCGAGACGCGCGAAAAGAGCACGUGUGGCGAUGGUGGUCCUACUCUGCGCCGCGUGUGCUCUCCUCGUGGCAGCUCUCUACAUCAUCAUCAGCUCCAAAAAGCGAGGCCACGGGUCACACGAUUGCGACGGCGACGUCGACUUGGACACUGAUUUGGAAGUUGGCCCACCUUGGGAAGUGACAUUGUACCAGAAACUCGACCUGUCAAUUGCUGAGGUGGUGCAGUCCCUGACAACCGGCAACAUCAUCGGGCGCGGCCGAUCCGGUGUCGUCUACAAAGUCUCUAUCCUGUCCGGACUAACCAUCGCGGUGAAAAGAUUCCGUUCAUCGGAGAAAGUAUCAGCGGGGGCAUAUUCGUCUGAAAUCAACACCCUCGCGAGAAUCCGGCACCGGAAUAUCGUCCGAUUAUUAGGCUGGGGUGCCAACCGGAAAACGAAACUCUUAUUCUACGAUUACAUGACGAACGGCACGUUAGCCACCUUUCUCCACGAGGGCUGCCCAGGGUUGGUGGAGUGGGAUACCCGGUUCAAGAUCGCCCUGGGCGUCGCCGAGGGGCUUUCUUAUCUACAUCACGAUUGCGUUCCGGCGAUCUUGCACCGAGACGUCAAGGCGCAGAACAUACUCUUAGGGGACCGGUACGAAGCCUGCUUGGCAGACUUCGGACUUGCAAGGUUGGUGGAGAACGAUAACGGUGUCGCCGGUUCGUUUUCCGCGAACCCCCAAUUCGCCGGAUCCUACGGCUACAUCGCACCCGAGUAUGCAUGCAUGCUGAAAAUUACAGAAAAAUCCGACGUGUUCAGCUAUGGAGUAGUGUUACUGGAGAUUAUCACCGGAAAAAGGCCAGUGGACCCAUCGUUCCCGGAGGGCCAACAUGUAAUUCAGUGGGUACGGGACCAUCUUCAUAGCAAGAGGGACCCAGUAGAAAUCCUGGAUCCCAAACUCCAAGGCCAUCCAGACACCCAAAUACAAGAGAUGCUUCAAGCGCUCGGAAUCGCCUUGCUCUGCACUAGCAACCGCGCCUAUGAUCGGCCAACGAUGAAAGACGUGGCGGUGUUAUUGAGGGAGAUUCGACAGGACGGUGACGCCACCGCAGCCCACAAGCCCGGUAUCGCUGCUAAGAAGUCAUUAGAAUGGACGACAACGUCGUCAGUGACUCCGGCACAGUUGCUGCUACUCGACGGGGCUUCUCAAGGAUCUUCGCUUGCUUACUCAUCUUCGUCACCUAGUUUAAACAUGAACAAUGUCCCGUGAAUUGUAAUAUUUAGUGAUUAGGUUGUAAAAAGGAAGUAGACUGAUUUUGAUAUCAAAUUAGUUGGAAAUCAUUUUCUGGAGAAAUUGGGUUUUUUUCCUUAAAUCUUUUUGUUGACAUUAACAAGCUAAAUCAUUUUAUGAAGGGUGAAAAUUUCCAGUCAUAUAUUUAACACCCUCCAGAUGUUUGUUGAAAUGCCUGGGUGAAAUAUU